AGUGCAGCUGCUGAUCCCUGACUCACCUCAAACAAGCUUUAAUCUCGGUUUCUUCCAGGUUUUGCACGCUUGCCAGGACUUUGUCUACCAUGGGAAGCAAGAGGAAGGGUAUCUUGGAGCGACUAAAUGCUGGGGAGGUGGUUGUAGGAGAUGGAGGUUAUGUGCUGCAGCUAGAGAGACGUGGAUAUGUAAAGGCAGGACACUGGACACCUGAGGCUGCAGUUGAACACCCUGAAGCAGUGCGUCAGCUGCACAGAGAGUUCCUGAGAGCAGGAGCCAACGUGAUUCAAACGUUCACCUUCUACUGCAGCGAGGACAAGCUGGAGAUAAGCGGCAACGUCACCAACAUCACCGGGGCCCAGAUCAAUGAGGCAGCAUGUGACCUGGCCAGGGAGGUCGCCAACGAGGGUGAUGCGUUGGUCGCUGGAGGCGUGUCCCAGACUCCCUGUUAUGUGCAGAGUCACAGUGAGACUGAGGUCAAGACCAUCUUUAAGAAACAGAUGGAUGACUUUCUCAAGAAGGACAUUGAUUUCUUCAUUGCAGAGUACUUUGAACAUGUGGAAGAGGCCGUGUGGGCAGUGGAGGUGCUAAAGACCAGCGAUAAACCAGUGGGAGCAACGCUUUGCAUCUCCCCUCAAGGAGACAUGCAGGGAGUCCCACCUGGAGAGUGUGCUGUCAGGCUGGUCAGAGCUGGAGCCGACAUUGUUGGAAUAAACUGCCACCUGGACCCUCUGACGUGUGUCCGUACAGUGAAGUUGAUGAAAGAGGGAUUAGAGAAAGCUGGUCUCAAAGCUCAUCUCAUGGUCCAGCCGCUGGGCUGUCACACACCUGAGUGCAACCACACUGGAUACCUCUCGCUCCCUGAGUUCCCCUUUGCUCUGGAGACCAGAACAGUGACCCGCUGGGACAUCCAUAAAUACGCCAGAGAGGCUUACAAUGCUGGAAUUCGCUACAUUGGUGGCUGCUGUGGGUUUGAGGCCUACCAUAUCAGAGCUAUAGCAGAGGAGCUGGCUGCAGAGAGAGGAUUCCUCCCUCCAGCUUCAGAGAAGCACGGACUGUGGGGAGCUGCUCUGGAGAUGCACACUAAACCCUGGGUCAGAGCCAGGUCUCGUCGAGAAUACUGGGAAAAACUUUUGCCUGCUUCUGGACGUCCCAAAUGCCCCUCCAUGGCCACGCCAGCUGAUAAAUAAGAGGAAGGAUAAUCAAUAGCUAGAAUCAAACAU